ACAGUGUUCCAAUCAGUAGAUGCCGUUUUAUCCCGAAGUGCGACAUUACCGUGCGAUAUAGAACCGGACGUCAAAGAAGAUCGUGUUUAUAUGGUGUUAUGGUAUCGUGAUGGUCACAGUAAACCAAUUUAUAGUUUCGAUGUUAGAGGCAGGGCGUUCAAUAAAGCGCUUCACUGGUCUGAUUCGAAGAUAUUUGGACCGCGAGCUUAUUUCGUCACUGUUUCCAAACCUGCAGCCUUAACACUUGAUGGCGUUCAAUUGGACGAUGAAGGGGUUUACAGGUGUAGAGUGGAUUUUAAAGUGUCCCCAACGCGGAAUUUCGCAAUUAACUUAACCGUUAUAGUUCCCCCACAUCAACUUCUUAUAUACGACAAUUCCGGUAGAGACGUAAAUCAUACCGUGGGUCCUUUAGAGGAAAAAACAGAUCUGAUCUUGACAUGCGAGGUUAGAGGAGGUCGACCUGCCCCGACAGUCUCCUGGUUCAUGAACGAGAGGUUGAUCGAAGGCCACGUAGAAGAGAUAGGAAAUCACAUGAUGGUAAAUAAGUUGAAAAUCGCCGGGGUGACAAGAGAUCAUCUCAAUUCGAGUUACAAGUGCCAGGCCAGUAACACCAAGCUGAUGAUGCCGUCAGAAAAGACGGUUCGACUCGAAUUGCUGUUGCGGCCGCUGUCUGUAGAAAUAAUUAACAAACCAAGGCAGUUAAUAGCCAAUGAAGAAAUUUCCAUACAGUGCGAAGUAGAAGGUUCAAGACCGAAAGCUUUAGUCACAUGGAGUAGAGAUAACAGACCGUUUCGAAGGGGUCGAGUCAUCGCACAAGAAAAUGAAACGUCUGUAAUAACUACGAUAUCCUUCGUACCAGUUCCUGAAGACGAUAACAGUAUUUUCAAAUGCGUAGGUGAAAAUCCAAAGCUCAGUGGUGUGGGUUUAGAGGACUCGUUCAAGCUUAAUGUUGUCUAUCCUCCGCAAGUGGUUCUUCAUCUGGGUAAUACUCUAAAUCCAGAAGACAUAAAAGAGGGAGACGACGUUUACUUCGAGUGCAGCAUCAAAGCAAAUCCCAAACAGCACAGAAUCUUAUGGUAUCACGAAGGUCUUCCAGUUAAUCAAAAUAUGUCAUCGGGUAUUAUAAUCAGCACUCAUAGUUUAGUUCUACAAAAAGUUACUAGAUAUCAGAGUGGUUCGUAUACAUGUCUGGCUGCGAAUCCUAGAGGAGAAACAAUGAGCGAUCCUGUAAAUUUAAGAGUUCGAUACGCCCCUGUGUGCAGCAAAGACUCAGAAGUCACCAUUAUUGGAGCAUCUCUGGACGAAGUAAUCAAGGUUAGAUGUCAGGUAUCCGCUGACCCGGCAGAUGUCAGUUUCUUGUGGCAAUUUAAUAACAGCGGUGAAAGUUUUGAUGUUUCUCCUGCUCGAUUUGCCACCUCAAGUGGUAACGUCAGCGAACUAAUGUAUACACCGGCAUCUCAAAGAGACUAUGGAACACUUACCUGUCUUGGCUCAAAUAAAAUAGGUAGACAGGUGGAGCCGUGUAUAUUCCAGGUCGUACCAGCUUCAAAACCUACCUCUCUAACUAACUGUACGCUUAGAACGGUCAACAAUCAAACGUCAGAAACCGUUGAAGUGGAAUGCAGAGCUGGAUACGAUGGAGGUCUUCCACAACGUUUCGUCCUAGAGGCAUACGAUGCACACACUAUGAGGUUAAGACUGAACCAAACGCUAAGCGAAACUGAUGUCCCGGUAUUUAGGCUAGACAUUGGAGAGAUGUUGCCAUCACCACCUUCAUUAAGGAUAAUUGUAUACGCUGAAAACGCGAAAGGGAAAAGUGAAAAAGUAGUUAUGGAUGACAUUUUACUAAACGAUGCCGAGAAAAGAACAGAUGGUAGCACGAACGUAAGCUUAGUGCCCUUAGCUGGAUUAUUAACGGGUUCUCUUCUAACUUUGGGUUUAGCAGUUUUGGUAAUAGUAGUUGUAGCAGUUCGACGAAAAAGAGAAUGUGAUGGUAGGAUGCACUGUCCACACCAUUUAAAUAUCGAUGCUUCUAAACAAAACGCAAAAUCCCGACAAAGCUCCAUGCUGGAAAUCAAUACGGGGGAUAAUAGGUACGUCGUGGCCUACACCUUAAAACCCGCAUCUGACUGUGCACCGUCACCAAUUCAACAAACGACAAUGUCACCAUCGGAUCCCUAUAGACAACCAGAUAUAUUGAACACACCAAGAGGUACAGAAUCAACACAAAGCACUUUACCUCGACCAGAACGUCUCUACACUAGUUUAGAUGGAAACAGUCGACAUCAGCUUAACUGUACUCCAUCAAUAUCUAUCGCAAAUAAACAGUCUCCCGUUCAACCAUCAGAACUCUCUACCAAUACUUUGGGUAGAAGCCGACCAAGGCCCAGAGAUCCAUCGUACACAAAUUUUACGACUAUGAGACGAGACCAUAUUAUAGCUGACUCAAUUCCAGGACCUGAGAGUUGUGUUUAA